AUGUCGUCGGCUGCUCGCUUCAUUACCGUGAUGUUUAUGCGACGCAGCAAGUUUAAGCACGUUUUCGGGAAACCAGCCAGGAAAGAUGCUUGUUAUGAAGAUAUCAGAAUUACGAAGAGUAGCUGGGACGCCCGGUUUUGUGCCGUUAACCCAAAGUACUUGGCCAUCAUUACUGAAGCCGCCGGUGGCGGCGCCUUUCUAGUUCUCCCAAUAGAGAAAGUUGGACGUGUAGAACGAGAUGCUCCUUUGGUUGCUGGCCAUAAAGCAGCUGUACUUGAUAUUCAGUGGUGUCCGCAUAGUGAUGAUCUCAUCGCAAGUGCCUCAGAAGACACCACAGUGAAAGUUUGGCACAUCCCAGAGGGUGGCUUGGAACCUGGAGUCAAUUUGACUGUUCCUGUAGCGGACUUGGUUGCACACCAGCGACGCGUGGGCUUGGUUGCGUGGCAUCCAACAGCGGAACAUUGUUUGCUAUCUGCAGGUGCAGAUAACAUGUUGUUUAUCUGGAACGUUGCUACUGAGGAACCGUUGGUAGAAAUUAUGCUUCCUGAUAUGGUCUUGUCCGUAUCCUUCAAUUACAAUGGUUCGCGCCUGGUCACCACAUGCAAGGACCGACAUACACGCGUGUUGAAUCCGCGAACCGGUGAAGUGCUUUUGGAGGGCAUCUGUCAUCAAGGCUCCAAACCCCAGCAGGCCGUCUACCUCAAGGAUGACAGGAUUUUCACCACUGGGUUCUCUCCAAUGAGCGAACGGCAGUAUGCGUUGUGGAAGGGUGGCGAUAGCACCAUUCGAUAUUUCGAAAUCACAGACGAAGAGCCCUACGUUCACUUCAUCAAUAUGCUGACUAGUUCAGAUCCACAGCGGGGUAUGGGCUGGAUGCCUAAACGUGGUUUGGACGUGAACCAGUGUGAAAUUGCUCGAUUCUACAAGCUGCAUACCAAGGGUCUUUGCGAAGUUAUUCCAUUUACUGUGCCUCGAAAAUCCGAACUCUUCCAGGAUGACCUCUAUCCAGACACAAUUGGUGAUACACCUCCGCUCACGGUCGAUGAAUGGAUGGCUGGAAAGGAUGCAGAUCCUAUUUUAAUUUCGCUGAAGGAUGGCUACGUACCAAAAACCCGCUCAAAGCCUAAAUCUAGACUCAUCAAGUCGCAUAUUGCCGGUGAAUCUGAUCAACCAACUCAGCCUAAACACACACCGUCGACAAGACAGUCAGCGAGUGCGGCGAAAACCACCGCUGGUCAGCACUCUACACUGUCAAAGCCAGAACCUCGUCAGCGGUUAUCCACCGGUAGUGUAGCAACUUCGCGACACACGAGUCAUGGGGAACAAACGAAUUCGAAUGGAACAGGCCCGGCGGUCAUCGAUCCAGAAGUCGUUCAGCAACUAGUGGACGAUAUGCGAAAAAUGAAGAUCAUUAUCAAAGGACACGAACGACGCAUCAAGCACAUGGAAGAACAAGCUAAACUGUUGGAAGGUGAUACCGCUGGGGAUAAUCCAUAAUCUGGCGAGCAGAUUCCCAUUUUGACAUGGGUAUAUAUGCAUGCAGUCCAUACGGUUUUGUGUGGACAGUUCAUAUCUGUCCAUUGGUCUCCUCUCUGUUUUUUCUUUUUUAUAGUGUAUGCUUAGAUUACCUUCUCCCUUCCCCUACUGUGUUACAGCGCAUCACGCCAGUUUCCACUGCAUACCGGUCAUUCUCUUUUGCAGGUUGACUCCACGCGCAGCAUGUUCCCACACGCAUACACACACACACAACCGCGUUCCGGUACUGUUCUUGGUAUCGUCCCUUUGUGUCUACAGUCAUAAGACUCUCCGUGUCUUCCAGUUUUCAAAUGGAUUUGUCACUGUUUUGUGGGUGCUCAGUACCUUCCACUCACGUGCCAGUACUUACCCGUGUAUGAACAACGAUCUGGGAAGUGCGUUGCUUUUACGCAUCUGAUCUACUGUCUUUUGCUUGCUUUUUUCGCCGACACAAUGACGGUAGUACGAUUACUUUCGACAAAACGCCUUCACGUACUGUUUUUUGUUUACUGACCACUAAAUUGUUACCACUUUCCCUUAUCCCUUCGUGUGCUUCUCAUCCCGUGGCUAUUUUCGCAUUUAUAUGGUCAUUGCAAUUGUUCCCUGGUUAACUUCCCCUGAUGCAGCCGAUCGAUUCGAAUGGACGAUGCCCAUUUGACGCGGCUGUCAUUUCUUUCUAUCAGGCCGGUAAAAAUGGGUUGCAAAUGCUUUGGUAACUGUGUCCAGUCGUCGCUUCUCGUCUCUGGCGUUGACAACUGAGCACGAGACACUGUUGAUUUUACAUCUCUCUCUUUUGUUCCUUAUAAACUUCAGAUUUUCCUGUACGCUCGCUGAGUCCUUGUCUGACAAGCUUGAUAUCGACCUCUCGUAGCACGUCAUUUUCAUAUUCCCGUGAUGUUUCUCACAGCUUCCUGCUCUUUUUGUAUCCCUCAUCCCUAAUGCAAGAGAAUGAUUGGGUCGCUAGGAUGAGUCGUUUCUCGUGUAGUCUGCUGGCUUUUCAUGAUGCCAUAACAGCUGACUUGAGCACUCCUUUGCCGAUUUCUUUGCAUGUAUUUGGUUCUUGCAACCCAACGGGUUCGCAGCUGUUCGCCGAAUUUCUACAUGUUGCCGAAAUACAGCAUAUUCUAGCGGGUUUUAGUUUGAUGGGAGAGGCCAUAACUGAGCUUGUUCAAAUAACGCAUGAGAAGCCAGCUUCUGUUCUUUUUUCGGUCGAUUUCUCUUAUGAAUGUUUUUC